AUGUGGGACAGUCCUGACGUCGGUAGACCUUCCAACGGACAGGUCAUUUCACAGCCGGACGGGUUCAAAUUCACCGACGCUGAUUCUAGAUAUGGGGAUGACUACCGCAGCAGGCUCACGCCGGCGAAGCAAGCAGAGCCGCCAUUGGGCAUCCUCGCUGCAUUGGAAGGAAAAUGUUUUCGAGGACCGGGGAUCAACAUGAUCUUCCGUCCCAACAAUGGCCCACCUCCCGGCACCGACUUCCCCAACCCCGUCAACCCUCCGCCCCCAGAUGGCACCAGCGACAACGCCCUCGAGAUCAACUUGUACGAGGAGACGCUAAGCUUUUCAAAGGGCGUAGGAAGGGUCCCCAACCGCGGAUCGCAGAAGCAGCCCGACAUCGACCUCAACGCCAUCAUGUACCUGCAGUCCAUCAACGAUGUGACGAACCCCGACACGGGCGACGCCGACGGCACCCCUGUUUCCAUCCACAUCGAGAACGGCAUGUUCAUGCACGUCCCCAGCAGCGACGUAAAUCCGAAGAUCGGUACAACCAUCGGGAGAUGCGGCACCAUCCCCCAUGGCGUGGCCAUCCACCUGCAGGGCUUCGCACCCUCCUCGCCAUCCACGCACAAGGCCGGGCCUCCUCACAUUCCGUCUAUCAACACAACACCGUUCCAGACCAACAGUCCGAGCACCCAAGUCACCUUCCCCUCCCUCAUGGCCGCCAACCAGGACACGCCCCGCAUCCCACAGGACCUGACAAACUUCAUACAGCAGGGCACCAUCACGCAGGAGAUCCUCAACGACCCAACCACCAUCCUCCGCAACGCCAACAAGACGCGCAACAUCCUAUCCACAUCAACCCUUCAAAUGUCCUCCACCCCCACCGCAGGCAUCCAAACCGGCGGCGGCGUCAUCGGCAGCGCCUUCCUCAACGGCGACGCAACCCCAAGUCCAACCAGCCGCCCCAACGCCAAACCCCUCUCCGUCGACUUCACCUUGUGGAUCGAAACAGUCGAGUACGCCAUCCCGAUCCCGGCGUCAAACCCUACUCCCGCUUAUGGCCCGCUGGAGGUGCUGCACCAAGCCAUCAGGUUUGUCGUGCACCCGCCGCGGAGGGUGCGCGAGCCGAUGGUCCUGCGGAUCCGGACGGUGGAGCUGCAGUACCUGCAGGUGGUGCUGCUCGAGUUUGAUGGACUGUCGUGGCCGCACCCGAGCUGCGCCACGCUGAGGCCGGAGUGCGUGGUCGUGCCGCGGGAGCAUGAUGGUUGGGGGCAGAGAGGUGUGGGGUGUGAGGUGUGA